AUGAAGAUCCAACUGUCCUCUUCCUUGAUUCUUCUCCUCCUUCCCGCCCUUACAACUGCGGCCGCAGACCCCAAAGCACCCAAUGAGCCAAGUGGUCUAGUCACGAGUGGAUCCUCCGAUCUGAAUUCUCGCUAUGUCGAUUCCGACUCGAUCGUGUCCAACAGUGCUGCCAAAGGAGCAUUGGACGCCCCUGUAGACGGCAAGGAUGGCAGGCCGCAUGCCGGUCCAUGGGUGGAAACCAGCGCGGAGCGCGACCGAAAGAGCAAUAAAGGCAGCGACGAUAUCGAUCUUGUCUCAACGAAGUAUGAUGUCAAAGAUCCUUCAUCCGAGCAUCUCGGCAUGGGAGAAGGAAAAAUGAUCCCGCACUCCAACGGUGGUGUGAUGGAUGAUCCAAACCGGGCAGGCCCCAAGGAAGGCACAAGAGGCACCGAGGGAGGCGUGUCGGAAAAGGGCAAGGAGAAUCAGUUAUAUGCUGAAAAGGUGCCUGGCAGCCCUAAGGAGGCUCCUCCGCUUCCGCAUAGCGAGAAGCAGAAGCAGCCAUCUGACAGUGAUGCGACAAGUGGAGGUGGUGGUCGCACCGCCGAUGGUGCUGGGACCCUUGGAAUGCUCGAGAAACCGGCCGAUCUACCUAACAAGCCCCACGACAUCCCGCAUCCCAAAUCACCCUCUCAAGCGAAAAACGAUCCCUUGGCCAUAGGGCAUGGUUCAACUGGCUCAGGUCUAGGCUCGCACGGCGGCUCAUCCACUUACGAUAAAGCCUCGACCUCCACCUCUCCUGACGAUAGCGAUGGAUUACAUUCUCUUAUUUUUGCCUUCACCAUGAUCCUCGUUUCUGAGAUUGGCGACAAGACAUUCCUUGUGGCGGCACUUAUGGCGAUGAGACACCCGCGACUACUUGUAUUCUCUUCGGCCUUCUGUGCUCUGUUCGUCAUGACUGUUUUGUCGGCUAUUCUCGGCCACGCUGUUCCCACGCUGAUUCCCAAGUCGCUCACGAAGCUAAUUGCUGCCGUGCUCUUCCUGGUCUUCGGCGUGAAGAUGCUGAAAGAAGGCCGCGAGAUGUCUCCGGAUGAGGGCGUUGGAGAGGAGAUGCGCGAGGUUGAGAUGGAACUGGAAGAGAAGGAGCAGGAGCAGCGGCGCAUGGGCCGUCGUCGCUCUUCGAUCACUCCUCACUCGCUGGAAGCUGGCCGUGCGGGCGGUCGUGCCAAGUCGCGCGGCUCUAGCAACCGACUGCCUUCGCCUCCGGAGAGUAUUUCGUCGUCUUCGUCGCGUGGCUCGUCGCCCCACCCUCGGCGUCGCUGGAAUGACUUGGUGGUGGGUGUAAGCAACCUUUUCUCCCUUCUUCUCAGCCCCGCGUGGGUGCAAACGUUUGUCAUGACUUUCCUCGGUGAAUGGGGUGACCGCAGCCAGAUAGCUACUAUCGCUAUGGCUGCUGGUCAAGAUUACUGGUGGGUGACUGUUGGAGCGAUCACUGGCCAUGCAAUCUGCACCGCCGCUGCCGUCAUCGGUGGACGAGCCAUCGCCGGCCGUGUCAGCAUGCGUGUUGUAACUCUGGGCGGCGCUACGGCUUUCCUCAUCUUCGGCAUCAUCUACCUCAUAGAGGCCAUGUAUUAA